AUGGUCGAUCUGACACUAGCACCAGAACUCACAAAGGAUGAAAUUGGACUAAAGAACUUCACCAAGGCAAACUGUACCCUCCUGGGUGAAGAUAUCAAUGCAUUCAAAGCCCUGCCCCAAGCUGAAAGUGCUGUCUUGUUUUCAGGUAGUGGAACAUCAUGUGUCGAUAUUAAUGAAUGUAAUAUACAAGGUGUAUGUCAAAACGGAUUAUGCAAAAACACAGAUGGAAGCUAUGUGUGUACUUGCAAUACUGGAUAUACACAAAAGGGCACAUUGUGCAUUGACACUGAUGAAUGUGCAACAAGACAGAAUAACUGCUCUACAGAUGCUAUCUGCAGCAACACUCCUGGAAGUUUCACUUGUUCUUGUAAUUCCGGAUUUUCGGGAAAUGGUGUUGUCUGCACACCAAUAGCAUGUUAUAACGAUGUCUGUCCAAGUGGAUACUGCAGCAAUGGAGGAACUUGUUCUAUCAAUCCUACUAAGAACUGCAUGGCAGAGUGCCAGUGUUUGAAAGGAUUUACUGGUAGCCGCUGCACAGAUUUUGUACAGAAUUUUAUGCCUAGACCAUUACCAACAAUACCUAGGAGGAAGAUAAAAGUUACUCUGAAACAAACCAUAGCAAAUCUUACAUCUGAAAGCAAUUGGAAUGUUACGUUGGCUGCACCCAUCAAUGAAUCAAUUACAUCUAUUAUGGAGCCAUUGUCUAUGGGCACUUUUGAAAAGAACGAAAAUAUUUUCAUUAGUUUGCUACCACUAAACGACUCAUAUGAAGCAAAUAUCACAUCUGACUUCAUGUACAAUGCCAACAGCACAGUAAUUCAAUUUCUAAAUGUGAACUUACUUUCAAAAGUUAUAAGUGCUUUACAAAACAGUGCUAAUGCCAACAAGCGACUAAAGCGCACCAUCUCAUCAUCCAAUAUUUCAUAUAGUAACUCCAGCGCAACGGAUGCAGAACCAAUGCUUAGCAUAGAACAGCUGAAAUCAUAUUUUAACUGCGCAUUGGAGACUGGCUAUGAUGUUUAUGAUCUAGAAUAUAAUCCAGACGUUGGAUUUCAGUGUGUUUCCCGCUGUGCAAAGGGUUACUGUCUUAAUAAUGCUACUUGUCUGCAUCAGCAAACUGGACCAGUCUGUAUGUGCAAUCCAGUAUCUAUGUAUUCACCUUAUGGAACUCACUGCGAGAAUCUUGCUGUGAACCUCAAUGGUUUUUUUGGUAUUCUGUUUGGAGCACUGGCUUUUCUGCUGUUACUUAUAUUGGGCAUCAUUCUUGCAGUGUUUUGCUGUCGCAGAAGGAAAAGCUAUUCACAUGAUAUUUUAGACAUCACUGAAUCAUCUCCACCCUUCAAGUCAAGUCCACUGAGUCCAUCCACCAAUAUCCAAGUGACAUCACUGCAAAAACAGUCUGUUCCCCACCUUAUACACUGGGCUCCAGUACUAGAGAAUGUGGACACAUCAGUCAAGUCUGUAAUCCAGAGGCCAUCUCUGAAAAGUGACAAACAGAAUGGAGGCAGUUAAACUAAAAGACAGUCUUUUAAAUUUCUGCGAAGGCCUGAAAUAUGCAAGAAGCUUGAAAAGUAUACCUACAAUAAAAGUGGCAAUAUGAAUUUCUAAAUUAUGAGAAAUAGGAUAUCUUUAUAUGAAUGGAUAUUUUUUAUGUUGUCAUGAUUUUAAAAUACAAAACUUUAUUUUAAUUCUUGAAGUAUGAAGUGAUUGCAAAUGUGAGCUUAUAAGAUGACUUUGGUAUUAGAAAUAAAUGACCCUUGUUCCUUUACUUACUGAUACUCUUAACUUAUGAACAACAUGCUGCUGGUGAAGUUCUGUUGUAUUUUUUAAUUUAUACUACAUUGUUGCCUGUUAUACCAAAGAAAAUUUUAAUUUUAAAUCCUAGUCAAUAAUAUAUUUUUUUAUAAAUGCUUACUUAUUUCAGUGGAAAAAUGCAUAUUUUGUGUACUGCAGUAUAUUUUUUAAGAUGUGUUUAGGCCAUUAUUUCUAUUUUCUUAAAUGAUGCUAAAAUGAGAAAAGUAUUCUUAACCCAUUAUUUUACAAAUAUCUGACAAACAUCAGUUGAUUAAAUGAUUGUUAACAGUGGAUUACUAUAUAUAACCUUGUUACAAGGCAUAUAAUAAAGCAAGCAUAUGCAUAAAA